GGAACGGGAACGAGCCGGGAACGGGAGCGAUCCGAGCUGCGCCGCUCCGGGCAGGGCCCGCGCCGCCGCCAUGCAGAUGUCCUUCUACUUCUCGGAUACGGCAGUGCUGUUGUUUGACUUCUGGAGUGUCCACACCCCCGCAGGGAUGGUGCUCUCGGUGUUGGUGAUCCUGCUGCUCUCCAUGCUCUAUGAAGCCAUCAAGAUGGGCAAGGCCGUGCUGCUGCGGCGGGCACUGCGGGCGCUGCCCCCCAGCCUCAGCCAGGACCCACUGCUGGAGCCGGAGGAGGGGGCCCCCAGCCCCACACAGGGCAGAUGGUUUCAGUAUCACGUUGGUCAGACGCUGUUCCAUGUGGUGCAGGUGGUGCUGGGCUACAUGGUGAUGCUGGCCGUGAUGUCCUACAACGCUUGGAUCUUCCUUGGGGCCAUCACCGGCUCCACGCUGGGCUAUUUCGUGGUGUACCCCCUGCUCGGUCGGGGUUAGUCACUUCCCAUGGGAUGCUCCACACUUCCUGCCCUCUGUCUGGAAUUGCUGCUGUCACUUUAGGUCUCUCCACCUGUGCUGUGCAGGACACAGCACCCGGGGACUUGCUGUGGGGACUGGCCCAACUCAGGGUGGGUAUUGCUGGGGAAGGGGAGCCCCACGGCCACCGUGCAUGUGUGGCUGCCCCCAGCUCUCAGGGAGCUUUGGCUGGGUGAUGAUGAUGGGGGGAGUGCUGAGUGUUUCCUCCCCCCCCACUGCAAGGUUCACCCUGGCUGCAAUAGGAAUAGUGCAGUGAUGGGGAUGGGGACAUAGGGGACCAGUACCCCUGUGCCCUCCUGCCCAGCGCUGCCCUGCACCAAGCCCCUCUUCACACAGUGCCUUCUAGGGAGAACAGGGGGUCCUGUGGGCCCCCCUCCCAGUGCUUCAGGGAUGGGGUGGGAGCAGCCCCCAGGCUGUGGCCCUGCUGGGGAGAAGCUGCUGUUUGGGGGCCUCUUGCUGCUGCUUCGGGACACCCCGUUUAAUAAAACCAUCUCAGUGGUUCUGGCUUGUGUUGGAUGUGUCACCCCCCCAGUCACAGUGGGGACCCCCAUCCCUGCCCCUCCAGCACAGCCCCAGGGCUGGGUUCAGCAAUGAGCACAAUCUCCUCUGGCUUUAAAUAAAGCUUUUCCAUUUUAUUAA